AUUUGUUGUUUACAUAUGGAAAUGUGUAUUCUGUCCUCAGAUAACACAGCGAUGGCUGCGGAAACCCAAACACUCAAUUUUGGACCAGAAUGGCUGCGUACUUUGUCAAGUGGUGGGAGUGUCACCUCCCCUCCUCCUUCACCGGCCUUACCUAAGUACAAGCUAGCUGACCAUCGGUAUGGCCGAGAAGAAAUGCUUGCACUUUACAUCAAGGAACACAAGGUUCCAGAGGAUUUGAUGGACAAGGAGUUUCUGCCCAUUCUUAAUGAGGAGCCCCUGCUGCCACUUGCUUUGGUGCCGUUCACAGAGGAAGAGCAAAGAAAUUUCUCCAUGUCGGUGAACAGUGCGGCGGUGCUGAGGCUCAUGGGGAGGGGAGGAGGGCCCGUGGUAGCAGGGGCUCCGAGAGGUCGGGGCGUCACUCGGGGCAGAGGGCGAGGGAGAGGUGAGCCAGGUUUCUACCAAAGAAGUUUCGAUGAAGUGGAAGGAGGGUUUGGCAGGGGAGCUCGAGAAAUCAACCGCAGCCAGAGCUGGGAGGAGCGAGGUGGUGACAGAAGAUUUGAGAAGCCAGGCCGACGCGAUGCCCCUGUUGGAGCCGUGGUGCCACCUGCGCCCCCGCCACCCACAGCCGUUCCGUCCGUUCGACCGGUGUUUGACGAAGCGAGUGCAUUACUGGCCAAAAAGCAGCAGCACGACUUCACGCGGUCUGAUAGUGAGAACUGGCGAGCCAUGCGCGAAGAGGCCAAUGGGGAGCGGUGGAGGCAGAGCAGUCCGGACGGGCCGCGCUCUGCUGGGUGGCGCGAGCCGGGUGAGCGUCCCAGGAGGAGGUUCGACUUUGAGUUCCGGGAGAGGGACGAGGAGCGAGGAGGUGGAGGUGGAGGAGGAGGAGGAGCGUACCGGCGCACGCGGUCUGGCUCGGGCAGUUUUGACGAUGACAACCUGCCCGAGUGGUGUCUGGAUGACGAGGGGGAGAUGGGCACCUUCGACUCAUCCGGAGCAUUCAUGUCCUUCAAGAAGGGCCCGAAGGAGCCCAUCCCUGAAGAGCAAGAACUGGAAUUCAAGGGCGCCGACGAAGAGGAUGAGGAAGCAGAUGAUGAGGGGGAGUUCAGACGGGAAGAUGCCGAGGAACGACAGUGCAGCAGGGACAACAAAGACGGGGAAAAACUCUUAUCUCAAGACGACUGGGACGAAGCAUCCCUCGAAAGUGGAAAACAGGAAGACCGACUGUCACCAACGCAAUGUUUUUCAAAAGAGCUGCCUGCUGUGACUGGGAACCAGCCCUCAUUGCGGGAAGAGGGUUCCAUUUCACAUAAGGAUCCUGAAAAAAUGGAUGUGCCUGACAAUCAGACACUGCAGCAUGGCUCACCACAAGACCUCUCAAGCUCAAAGGCUGUCAGCUCUGAUGUCCUGAACUCUGUGGGCAUUUCGGGGCCUGGCUCUGGCAAGCGAGAUGGAGUCGUUGGCCAUGAUCAUGAUGAUGAUGAGGGCCUCAAGCACUUAGAGCAGGAAGCUGAGAAGAUGGUGGCAUCGCUGCAGGACACCUCCCUGGAGGAGGAUCGUCUGGACACAAAGAACAGGGCGUCUGCUCUUCCACUUACCCACGAGGCCGCUAUGAAGUGGUUUUAUAAGGAUCCACAGGGAGACAUACAAGGUCCCUUCACCAACCAGGAGAUGGCAGAGUGGUUCCAGGCUGGGUACUUCACCAUGACUCUGCUUGUAAAACGCGGCUGUGACGAAGGUUUCCAGCCACUUGGGGAAGUUAUAAAGAUGUGGGGGCGUGUGCCGUUUGCGCCUGGCCCUGUACCUCCACCGUUCCUGAACGACCCUGACCACGAACGGUUGAAACGCCAACAAGAGUUGGCGAUAAUUCAGAUGCAGCUGCAGUAUCAACAGUUUUUGCAAGCCCAGCUCUACAGCAGAGAUGUAUCAUCCAUGUGGAACACUGGGAGAGCAGCGCACCACCCUGUGUUAGAAAACAGCUCCAGAGUGGGGCAUCACAGGAUUACAUCUGAGAGCACUCGGCAAUGUGCUCAGUCCAUUGCGCAGCUCCAGCAGAAGGCCACUUUGGCACCAUUGACCCCACAGCAACAGCAGCAUUUAGCUCUUCUCAUACAGCACUACCAGACGCUCAAGCAGAGGACCCAGGAGCACCAACAAGGCCUUAUCCCUGCAGUGUCACGGUCCCUAUCGGUACCAGAAUCAACAGGUUCACUGUGGGAACUCAAGACGCCUACCUCCCAGCCUGCAGGCUGGGAGGGAGGCAGCAUCUGGGAUUUGCCACCCGAGUCGCAGGGCCCCACUCUGGAGCAGUUGCAGCAAUUAGAACGUGAGAAGGGAGGCAAGCUGCUGGAUCCAGAGAGAUGCGAGGCUGAGCUCAGGAUGAGGGACGAUGAUGAGAGAAAGCGUCAGGAAGAGCAAGUCACCCGAACGUGUGCUGUGAAGGUGACAACGCGGAGACAACAGGAGGAGCUCCUCCAGAGGCAAGAGGAGGAGAGGAAACGGAGAGAGGAGGAGGAGGCUGCCCGACGAAAGCAGCAGCAGGAGGAUGAGGAGCAACUGAGACGCCAGCAGGAGCAGGAGAUGCUGCGGAGACAGGAGGAGAAGCGGCGGAGAGAGGAGGAGGAGCGGCGGCAACGCGAGGACAUGAUCCGAAAGCAGGAGGAGGAGCGCCGGCAUCAGGAGGAGGAGGAGGCACGGAGACGCUGCGAGGAGGAUGAGGAGAAAAAGCGCAAGGAGGUGGAGCUCCAGCGGCAGAAGGAGCUGCAGCAGCAGAGGCAGCAGGAGUUGGAGUUGCAGCAGAGGCAGCAGGAGCUGGAGCUGCAGCAGAGGCAGCAAGAUCUGGAGCUGCAGCAGAGGCAGAAGGAGCUGCAGCAGAGACAGCAGCAGGAGAUGAUGCGGCAGAGACAGCAGCAGGAGGCCUUAAGGCGGCUGCAGCAGCAGCAGCUUGCGCAGAUGAAGCUGCCCUCGUCGUCCACGUGGGGGCAGCAGGUGCCAGCCAUGAGCAGCCAGCAGUCGUCGCUCUCCCUCGCCGAAAUCCAAAAGAUCGAGGAGGAGCGAGAAAAGCAACUGCGGGAGGAACAACGCCGACAACAAGAUCUGAUCAAGACGUUGCAACAGCAGCAACAGCAACAGCAGCAGAAACCCGUCGGGUGGAACAACGUGAGCAAGGCCGGCUUGUCGGCCAAGUCUCUGCUGGAGAUUCAGCAGGAGGAAGCCCGGCAUGUGCAGAAGCAACAGCAGCAGCAACGGGCGCAGGCACAGGCCCAAGCUCAGGCACGCGCACAACAUUCAAGCGUCCCCAUUAACAACACUUCCGUGUGGGGGAACGUGAGUCCCGGUGGCUCCUCUAACCCGUGGGGUUCUGAUGUGAGCAAUCUUUGGGGGGGGGCUGGUGCUGGCACCAUCCAAGAAAAGAAAUCUCCCAACAUUGGCUUCUGGGACGACGCUGUGAAGGAGCUGGGCCCGCCGGUGCGCAAUGUCAACAUGAAGACCAGCAAGAGCAGUCCUUCGCUCGGUGAGUCGUAUGGAAUUCCGUCACGUCAAAGCAAAAAGAAAACGGAAGAAGAAGACAAGCUGAUGAAACUAUUCCAGGGAGUGAACAAGGCCCAAGACGGAUUCACUCAGUGGUGCGAGCAAAUGCUGCAUGCUCUCAACACUUCCAACAACCUCGAUGUUCCUACAUUUGUGUCAUUCUUAAAAGAGGUGGAGUCUCCCUAUGAGGUACACGACUACAUCACAGCAUACCUGGGAGAGACACCAGACGCCAAGGAGUUUGCCAAACAGUUUUUGGAGCGCCGUGCCAAACAGAAGCAAAACCAUCAGCGCCAGCAGCAGCUGCAUCAACAGCAGCAGGAGUCCGUGUGGGGUCUCCCACAGGGCGGUGGUGGUGGCAGCAUGCCUUCGGCAUAUCAAUGUGGCCACAGUGCGGCGCAGCAGGCCAGCUUCGAGGCCAUGCAAGCCAGCAAGAAGAAAAAGAAACAGCGCAUGGUCAGGGCAGACCCCAGUAUUCUUGGAUUCUCAGUGAACGCUUCGUCGGAUCGUCCCAACAUGGGAGAGAUAGAAACCCUGGAAGACUAAGGUGGCUGUGGAUGGGAGCGCAGAUUUCAGGCUGAGGCUGGCGCUCUCUGUGGGCGUCCACGUGAACGUGGAAACGCAUCAAAAGGUGUCGCUGCCGUUUCAUUCUCUUCAAAACGCCCUACUACCACCCAUCACCUCCACAGCCGGCAACAGUGCGAGCUGCAGAGGUUGGCAUAUCUCAUGGGCGAGUUGUGUUGCAUUCGCGUGAGCCAAUGUUGUUUCCAGGCCCCCUGAGAAAUGUUCGAUUCAGGGAAUAGGCGUUCUCCAAUUUAAUACGAUUUUUAAUAUCCAGUCCCAACACAUCUAAACAAAAGUUUGCCGUUUUUCGACACUUGUACAUUGUACUUGGUAUUAGAGAAAUUUCUCUAUUAAAAGCAAAUGUCCAUCGAGUCAAAAUGUAAAGCAUUACAAGCCUAGCUCAGUACAUACUGGAAAUACUUUGAUUGUUGAAGUGUUUUAGACCGGGGACAAUCUGCCUAAAGCUCUGGACUGCAACUUACAUUUAAGAAGAUGUAACGUUCUCCAGGCAGUAUCAGGGGGAAGAGUUUACAAACUCCCCUUUUGGCAACUGUUCACAUAACAGAAAUAUAACCUGUUAUGACCAACAAACGUACUCGUUUAUUUGCUAGGCAUGUAAAUUGUUGGAUGGCUGAGGAAACCCAUUUUUUUCAAUUGCAUUUUUCAAAGUAUAAGUUUAACCUUGUUUUGGGAAAUGUUAUGGCAGGGUUUUCAAAAUGUGUGGAUAUUUUAUGGAGGAAAUGACUCUGCAUCACUCAUUGCAAUGUAAAUAUGAAAAUUUCCAAAUAAAGAAUAUUGAUGCAUCUGUA